AUGUCGAGCCCCAGUUCAUCGCAGGUUGAUCUCUCGCAUCACCUUUCUGCAGAGGCCAAGCUUCGCCGUCCGAAUCCCAUGAAAGAGAUUUGGCGGCUUGCGAGGCGCAAGCCCAACAUGGUGUCCCUCGCCAAUGGCGACCCGCACUCCUCCCUAUACCCCAUUAAAAGCAUGCAAUUUGAGGUCGCUUCCGUCGACGAGAAAGACCCAGUUGCAUCCUGGCGCACCGCGGGGCCUAGUGCACGCUCUCAGCGGCUCAUCUCCACCCGUGAUGGGCCUUGCGCACUCCCCGUAAAAACUGCCAUGCAGUACACGACAGGCGCGGGGUUGCCAGAGACGCAGUGUGCGCUCACAGAACUCACCAAGUUCUACCACAACCCUCUCGAUCACACCGUGACUCUCACACUCGGCAACGCCGACGCAGUCAUUAAGUGCUUCCGGCUGCUAGGAAACCCGGGGGACCACUUCCUCGCGGACGAGUUCACGUUCAGCGCGUUGGCGAAUGCAGCGCUCCCGCAGGGCAUAAAGUGGGUGCCCGUGCGGAUUGACGACGGCGGCCUGAUCCCGGAGGAACUGGAGCGCAUCCUGUCGACCUGGGACGAGGCGCGGGGACCGAAGCCGCACGUUCUGUACACUGUACCAUGCGGGCAGAACCCUACAGGUUCUACGCUAACCGUGGAGCGGCGCAAGCGUAUCUACGCGCUCGCACAACGGCACGACCUCAUUAUCAUCGAGGACGACCCGUACUAUUUCCUGCAAUACUCCGCACCCGCGUCUGCCGCUCCGGCGCGCACCCUGGCGCCGUCCUUCCUCUCGCUCGACGUCGACGGACGUGUGCUGCGCGUCGACUCCUUCAGCAAGAUCAUCGCGCCGGGCAUGCGCCUCGGCUGGGUCACCUCCUCGGCCUUCUUCCACGCGCACCUUGUCUCCUACACCGACUCCUCCACGCAGCACCCGCACGCGUUCGGCCAGGUCUUCGUCACCGAGCUGCUCGGCCCCGCGGGCUGGACCCUUCCCGGGUUCGACGCGUGGGUGUGCGGGCUGCGCGGGGAGUACCAGCGUCGGCGCGACUACUUCCUGGCGCUGUUCGCGCGCACGGUGGCGCCAACGGGGCUUGCGGAGGCGCGCGCGCCCGCAGCAGGCAUGUUCGUGUGGGUGCGGAUACACGUCGAGCGGCACGUGCGGUUCCGGCGCGAGCGCGCGAUCGGACGCGGGCGGCGCACGAACUGCAAGCAGUUGAUGGAGGAGCUGUUCGAGCACUGCCUGGACGGCGGGCUCGUCGUCAUGCCCGGCUCGGUGUUCGUGCUCUCGACGGACCCGGAAUACGACUCGCCCGAGGGCUCCAUUGAGGACCGCAUGAACUACUUCCGUCUGACAUUUGCGGGCACAGAGGAGGCUAUGGAACAGGGUUUGACAAUUUUCGGCGACGCUUUGCAGGAGUUCUUCGCAGAGCCGGCGAGCCGGCUCAUCAAAAGUGAAGAUGUCUUCGACUCGUGA